AGGUGGCGGUGGCGGUGGCGGUGGGGGAGAAGCCGCCUUCUUCACCUUCCCGCCUCUGCAACUCAAAUCCCUAUUGAAUUUAUAAUUCUACGUUUUUCUCCUUUGGUCUCUUUUUAAGUUUAUAAUUCUUUCUGUUGACUGGAUCCAAAUUCUUCAUCUAAUAUCGUGAAUUUCUCCUUGCCUUACAAUGCCUGGAUCGAUAAUGGGUGUGGUUGAUGGGAAUAUGGCAUCUCGUGGCUUGAAUUCCCCUCGUAUUAAAAAGAAUCUUCCAUCAAUAAAAACCACGAGGGCUUCUCCAUCUCCAACGAGCUCAGAGAGUUCUAGUGGUUGGUCGAAUUCAGAGCGGAGCUCUAGAUCUUUUGGUGUUGAAUCAAGAAGUGAUGCAGAGUUGCACCAUCUCAUUAAUGGGAAUAAGAAAGUUGUGAAGGAUUUGGUUGUGAGAGGGGAUAACGGUUUGCCGGAUAAGAAGUUUGAGCAUGCAUGUAAGGUCCAUUCUCCAAGCACCAAUUCUCCUGCUUCAUGGAAGAAGUCUGCAAGGCCUCCUCGAUUGCCAUUGGAAUCCUCAGAAAUAGGUGGAAAUAAUGUAAGAAAACCUGGUGCAGAACCAACUUCUCUGAAGAAAUAUCAAAGCUUUCCUACUAAAGAUGCCUCGAUAUUAAAGAAUGGGACUGAAGAUUCCCCUAAGAUGGAGCCAACUCACCCAGAUCUUGGUCCUUAUUUGCUUAAGCAGGCAAGGGAUGUGAUAUCUUCGGGAGAAAGCCCUCGGAGGGCUCUACAGCUUGCACUUCGGGCAGCCAAGUCAUUUGAGAGAUGUGCAUGUAAGAAGCCCAAUUUGAACUUGGUCAUGAGUCUUCAUAUUGUUGCAGAAAUCCACUGCACUUUGGGGCAGUAUGAUAUGGCAAUCCCUGUGCUAGAGCGGUCGAUUGAAAUCCCAUCUCUGGAACAUGGCCAUGACCAUGCCCUUGCCAAGUUCUCCGGGUAUAUGCAUUUGGGAGAUACUUAUGCCACCAUGGGCCUGAUAGAGAACUCGAUACAGUGUUAUACAAGCGCUUUGGAGGUUCAGAAGCUAGCAUUGGGUGACAGAGACCCAAGAGUCGGCGACACUUGCCGGUAUCUGGCAGAAGCUCAUGUGCAAGCACUGCAAUUCGAUGAGGCCGAAAGGUUGUGCCAGAUGGCUCUUGACAUCCAUAGAGAGAAAGGCAAUUUCGCUUCUCCGGAGGAGACGGCAGAUCGGAGGCUCAUGGCCCUCAUUUGUGAUGCUAAAGGCGACCAUGAGUCCGCCCUCGAGCAUCUGGUCAUGGCGAGUAUGGCGAUGAUGUCCGAUGGCCAGGAGGCAGAGGUGGCUUCAGUUGAUUGUAGCAUAGGAGAGACCUAUCUAGCGUUGGCUCGAUAUGAUGAAGCUGUGUUCGCUUACCAGAAAGCACUUACUGUAUUCAAGUGCACCAAAGGCGAGAACCAUCCAUUGGUUGCUUCUGUCCUUGUGCGUCUUGCUGAUUUGUAUUUGAAGACUGGGAGAUUCCGAGAAUCAAGAUCUUACUGUGAAAAUGCUCUCCUGAUCUAUGGAAACCCACUCCCAGGGACAUCCCCUGAGGAAGUUGCCAGUGGUCUCACUGAUGUCUCUGCCAUAUGUGCGUCUAUGCAUGAGAAUGAGAUGGCACUGAAGUUGCUUCAGAGUGCCCUUAACAUUUAUAAUGAUUUGCCAGGUCGGCAAAGCAAGGCUGCUGGAGUUGAGGCUCAGAUGGGAGUACUGUAUUAUAUCGUCGGAGAUUAUUCCGAGUCUUAUGCCUCCUCCCAGAAUUCGGUCACAAAACUUCAAGCAUGUGGGAAGAAAAAGUCUGCCUUCUUUGGCAUUGCUCUGAACCAAAUGGGGUUAGCAUGCGUGCAACUCGAUGAAAUAAAUGAAGCUGCAAAGCUGUUUGAGGAAGCCAAGAGCAUUUUAGAGCAAGAGUAUGGACCAUAUCAUCCGGAUACACUGGGAGUAUACAGCAAUUUGGCAGGGACCUAUGAUGCUUUGGGAAGGCUGAAUGAUGCCAUUCGAAUAUUGGAAUAUCUUGUUGAGAUCAGGGAGGAGAAGCUGGGGACAGCCAAUCCAGCUGUAGAUGAUGAGAAGAAUAGGUUGGCAGUUCUGUUGAAAGAAGCUGGUAGAGUUCGGCACAAGAAGACUAGAUCACUGGAAAUUCUCCUCGAAGGCAACUCCCAUGGCAUAAAGAAAAAGGCAAUUCCAGUGUGAUGCCUAUCAUGAAAUGUGUUUCCAUGCAUACUAAAAGAUCUGUACCAAUUGGCUUCUUCUAAUUCGAUCGUUAAGCGCAAAUUGUAGAAGGGCUUGUUGAAGCAUCAUUGUAUGUUUCUUUAUACCAAUGAGGCCACUGUCCCUUAUAUUCUGCAAUGCAACCAUCUCUUUGCCUUCAUGGUCAUAAUUAUUAUUAUUAAAUUUUUUUU